AUGGGGCUGAGGGGUCAGAAAUGAGCUCGGAGGGGUUCCUGGGCAAUAAGAACAAAGACUGGCCUUGACCCUUAGGGACGGAAGAACCGUCAGACUAACGGGCAAAGGCAAGAUGUGAUGGGCAUUCGAUAGUCAGGCGGUACUAGUCCCGGCCCCGCAGCAUCUCCGCUCCAGGCCCGGCGUGGGGAGGGCACGGGCUUGCUCGUCUCCGAAUCCCACCGAAUCGAGUCGGUUCCGACAGAGACCCUUCGGGCUGGGUUAGAACUGCCCCCAGCCCGUUUCCAAACCGGUCGUCCUUGCAGGCCGUCGGCGCCAUCUUUCUCCCUGGAGCAGCUGAUGCCUUUUGAACCAGUGAUUGGUAUUACAGUCCGCAGCCCUUAACCACGGCGCCGCCUUUGCGAAGCGAUUCGUGGUUCCCACGCGGCCGCCUUGUGCAGGACACUCGUCUAACAACCUCACAAAGCCCUCGUGACACCUGUCCCCUUAAUUGGGGGAGAAAAAAAUCGGAUGUAUAGGAGGAAACGGGCCUGUGCCAGCUGGGACUUGGCCUUAGCCCUGUGGUCGCAGCUGGUUGAUCCGCACGUGGAGGGCGGGGCUUGUUUUUCAAUCACCUUCCCAAGUCGACCUGGCCCUGCUCCGCGCAUGCGCGCCCGUCGCGGGCCCCGCCCUCUAUUAGGAAGCGGUCGGGGCCACGCCAGUUUGGAGGAUGCUGGCUAGCAGAAGCCAGGGACCCACCACCGGGUCCCGGUCUCCCCGGACCCCAACUCCAGGCCUCUGUCCCUCGCGGAGCCCAGCUGUCUCCCAUGCUCCCAAACCUCCAAGGGGCGCACCCCCAGAGAGCGUCCCUGAGGCCACGUGUCUGCCCCUAGGGUGCCAGGCGAGGCCCCCGGGGAUGUGGGCACCGCCAGGCCUGGAAGCAGCCCUGGGCUUCCUUGGGUUGGAGGGAGAACGCGAGUAUGCCGGGGACAUCUUCGCAGAAGUCAUGGUGUGCCGGACGCCGCCCCGGAGCGCUCUGCCCCGCGCCGUGACCCCGGAGAUGCGCGCACUGGUGGUGGACUGGCUGGUCCAGGUGCACGAGUACCUGGGCCUGGAGGGGGACACCCUGUACCUGGCCGUGCAUCUGCUCGAUUCCUACCUGCACUCGGGCCGAGUGCGUCUGCACCGCCUGCAGCUCCUGGGGAUGGCGAGCCUGUUCGUGGCUUGCAAGGUGGAAGAGCGCGUGCUGCCCGAGCCCGCCUCCCUCUGCCUCCUGGGUGCCGGCUCCUUCUCGCCGGCGGAGCUGCUGCGCGCCGAGCGCCGCAUCCUGAGUCGCCUGGAUUUCCGCCUGCACCACCUGGGCCCGCUGCUGUGCCUGGGCCUGCUGGCUGCGCUGGCGCGGAGCAACCCACAGUGGGGACCGUAA